AUUCCUGUCAGAAACUGCAUUUUGAUGGAGCCAGGAGCAAACGCUCCCCAAACCACACCAAGCCUGGAGACUUCACCUUACGGCCUACCCUAGACCCAGCUCCAGCCGAGAGGCCAGACGGCAACUAAAGAACCGAAACCCAUCCCGAAAAACCCCAGCUAAACCCUCCCCUCACCCCAUCUUCACCCCGGCGGAACACAAAGGCUGCAGCCCCCUUCCCCGGGGCUGAGGUAACCCGGGGGUGGUCGCUCCUAUCACACAGGUAUCUUGUACCUAUAUAUUUUGCAAUCAACUAUUAAGGUGCAACUAUGCCCAAAAGAAAGGCGCCAGCGGAAGGAGAGGCAAAGGAGGAGCCAAAGAGAAGGUCAGCUCGACUAUCUGCUAAACCUGCUCCUCCCAAACCGGAGCCAAAGCCCAAAAAGGCAGCACCUAAGAAAGAAAAAGCAGCAAAUGAUAAAAAGGAGGACAAAAAGGCAGCAACAAAAGGGAAGAAAGGAGCCAAAGGCAAAGAUGAAACUAAACAAGAGGAUGCUAAAGAAGAAAACCACUCUGAAAAUGGAGAUACCAAAACUAAUGAGGCACCAGCUGCUGAAGCAUCUGAUGAUAAGGAAGCCAAGUCCGAGUAAUGUUGACCCUGCCCUAUAUCUCCAUCAUUUGGUAUCCGUACCUCCAUGCUGUAUUGUUAACAGAGAGGAAUAUUUUUAUCAACUAUUUUAUAAAUGCAGGUUUUUUUAGCAUGAAUUUAAUUAUGGAACAUCUUCAUCUCGGUUACUUGGGAAUUAAAUCCCUAACAAACAAAACAAAAACAACAACAACAACAAAAAAAAGAAAUCAUUGUUUUUAAAUUUUGUGAUUGUAAUAGUUUGUAUGGUACAUGGAAAGAAUAAGUGGUGGUAGCUUUUGACUUCUGUCAGUGUGUCCCUUUUUGUGUAAGUCAUGCUUACAGACUUCAGAUUUUAAUUUUUUUCCCUUGUAUGUGUUGUAUGGUUUCUUAAAGUGGGGAGGUCUCAAAACAAAUAACCGUGUUAAACAUUCCAGUGGUUCUGUGGGUUGCUUUUAUAAAGAAGGUGAGCUAUUUUCAUGAAAAAACCUAAGAGCUGGAAAUCUGUUGUUUCCCAAAUGUAAUUUUAUUUUGUCGGUUUUGAAAAAAAUAAAGAAUUAAAAAAAAGUGUAAUCAUGUUUUUAAAUGAAAUACAAAUGUUUCUUUUAAAAGGGCAGGUUGGUUGUAUGUACCCACUGUUAGGAAUUUUGCUGGAUUUAUCUUAAUAAAAAAGACUCCUCAAAAGC